UUUCUCUAUUCAUCAAUACUUGUUGGCAACCCUGAUAGUAACCUCUAUUGAUAUCAAUGGAUACUGUCUUCAUAUUUGACAUGAAUGUUAGUGGAAAUAAAUUUUGGUUAGGAUAUUAAAUCCAAUUAUUUAUAAGUCAUUUUUAAAUAUACCAUACAAAGAAAUUUAAAUGGAAUAAACAUAUUUAAUCUAAGUGAUACAUGAGAAUACCAUCUUUUUUACGUAGUGUCCUAAUAGGCAUCCCUGUUGGGAUUACCUUCUUGGACACAGUAGGAUAUGUGGCUAAAGUUGAAGGAAUAUCAAUGCAACCAGCUUUAAAUCCAGAUUUAAAAAAUCCAGACUAUGUUUUCUUAAAUCGUUGGGCUAUACGUAGUCACGAUAUUCAACGAGGUGAAAUAGUAUCUGUGAUAUCUCCCAAAUCACCAAGUCAAACAUUAAUCAAGCGAGUUGUAGGCCUCGCAGGUGAUAUUUUACAUACACGUGGAUAUAAAUCGGACUACCUUCAGGUUCCAGAUGGACAUUGCUGGUUGGAAGGAGAUCACACAGGUCGUUCAAUGGACUCGAACACUUUUGGACCAGUUUCCCUUGGUUUAAUCACUGCUAAAGCUACUUGCAUAGUUUGGCCACCUAAUCGUUGGCAAUAUCUAGAAGCUUCCAUGCCAAAUCAACGUACAAUAUUAAAUUCUAGAAGAAGUUAAUCAAAAGUGCAUUAUAAAUA